CCGGCCCCUUCCCCCGGCGGGGCCCAUCGGCCCGGCCAUGGCCACCAAGAAGGCGGGCUCGCGGCUGGAGACGGAGAUCGAGCGGUGCCGCUCCGAGUGCCAGUGGGAGCGGAUCCCCGAGCUCGUCAAGCAGCUCUCGGCCAAGCUCAUCGCUAACGGAUCUUGGUUCAUUCAGUUCACAGAACAGACCAACCUCUGGAGACAGAGCAAUAAAUCUAAAGGCCAGAAAGAUGACAUGGCAGAACUUCUCCUCGGAGAGUCCAAACUAGAACAAUUUUUGAAGGAAAACGCUCUUAAACAGAACAGCAGCCCACGGGGCCCCAGGCCAAAGCUGACUGAGGUCAGGAAACAUCUCACGGCAGCACUUGAUAGAGGAAACCUAAAGCCAGAAUUCUUACAAGAAGCUAACCUGAUUAUGGCCAAGCUAAACUAUGUGGAAGGUGAUUACAAAGAAGCUCUGAAUACAUACGCCAGAGUUGGAGUUGAUGAUUUGCAGCUAGCUGCAGUGCCGCCAUAUAGGUUACGGAUGAUUGCUGAAGCAUAUUCUACUAAAGGUCUCUGUCUUGAGAAGUUGCCAAUUUCUUCUUCAGCUAGCAACCUCCAUGUGGACCGUGAACAAGAAAUUGUUACGUGCUAUGAGAAGGCUGGGGAUAUUGCUCUUCUGUACCUUCAGGAGAUAGAAAGGGUGAUUAAUACGAAUAUACAAAACAGAAGCCCUAAACCAGGACCCACUACACAUGAACAAGAACUUGGUUUUUUCUUGGAAACAGGAUUACAAAGAGCACAUGUUUUAUAUUUCAAGAAUGGGAACUUGACAAGAGGAGUUGGUAGAUUUAGAGAGUUACUAAGAGCUGUUGAAACAAGAACUACGCAAAAUCUGCGAAUGACGAUAGCAAGACAACUGGCUGAAAUUUUGUUACGAGGCAUGUGUGAACAGAGUUAUUGGAAUCCACUGGAAGAUCCCCCUCACCAAUCACCGCUAGAUGAUCCACUUCGGAAAGGUUCAAACACAAAAAAUUACGCACUCAGUAGAAGACCGCGGGUAUACACUGGAGAAAACAUCUUUUGUCCUCAAGAAAAUACAGAAGAAGCCUUACUGUUGCUGCUUAUUAGUGAGUCUAUGGCUAACCGUGAUGCCGUAUUGAGCAGAAUACCAGAACACAAAAAUGAUCGUAUCAUCAGUUUGCAAAGUGCAUCUGUAGUAUAUGAUUUACUUACUAUAGCCUUGGGAAGAAGAGGCCAAUAUGAAAUGCUCUCAGAGUGUUUAGAAAGAGCCAUGAAGUUUGCGUUUGAAGAAUUCCAUCUCUGGUAUCAAUUUGCAUUGUCCUUGAUGGCAGCAGGAAAAUCUGCUCGAGCUGUUAAAGUCUUGAAGGAAUGUAUACGUUUGAAACCAGAUGAUGCAACUAUUCCACUCCUUGCUGCAAAGCUCUGUAUGGGAUCUCUCCACUGGUUGGAAGAAGCAGAAAGAUUUGCCAAAACAGUUGUUGAUCUUGGAGACAAAACGUCUGAGUUCAAAGCAAAAGGCUACUUGGCACUGGGAUUGACUUAUAGUCUGCAGGCUACUGAUGCAUCUUUGCGAGGGAUGCAAGAGGUCUUACAGAGAAAGGCUCUUCUUGCAUUUCAGAGGGCUCACAGUUUGUCUCCAACAGAUCAUCUGGCAGCUUUUUACUUGGCACUGCAGCUUGCCAUAUCCAGACAGAUACCAGAAGCUUUGGGUUAUGUUCGUCAGGCUCUACAGCUACAAGGAGAUGAUGCCAACUCUCUUCAUCUCCUUGCGCUCUUGCUAUCAGCCCAGAAACACUAUCAUGAUGCUUUGAAUAUCAUUGAUAUGGCCUUGAGUGAAUAUCCAGAAAAUUUUAUAUUACUGUUUACAAAAGUCAAAUUGGAAUCCUUGUGCAGAGGCCCAGAUGAAGCACUCCUUACUUGUAAACACAUGCUACAGAUCUGGAAGUCCUGCUAUAAUCUCACUAACCCAAGUGAUUCUGGACGUGGGAGCAGCCUGUUAGACAGAGCUAUUGCUGAUAGACGACAGCUUAAUACAAUUACAUUACCAGAUUUCAGUGAUCCUGAAACAGGUUCAGUCCAUGCGACAUCAAUAGCAGCUUCUAGAGUAGAGCAAGCACUGUCUGAAGUUGCUUCAUCUCUGCAAAGCAGUGCCCCUAAACAAGGUCCCCUACAUCCUUGGAUGACUCUAGCUCAAAUAUGGCUUCAUGCAGCUGAAGUGUACAUAGGGAUUGGGAAGCCUGCUGAGGCCACAGCGUGUACCCAGGAAGCAGCUAAUCUCUUUCCGAUGUCACACUAUGUUCUCUACAUGAGAGGUCAGGUGGCUGAACUUCGUGGAAAUAUUGAUGAAGCCAAACGCUGGUAUGAAGAGGCCUUAUCUAUUAGUCCUACACAUGUGAAAAGCAUGCAGAGGCUGGCUCUGAUUCUUUACCAGCUCGGGCGCUACAGCUUGGCCGAGAAGAUUCUCAGAGACGCCGUGCAAGUGAACUCCACAGCCCACGAGGUCUGGAAUGGCCUGGGGGAGGUGCUGCAGGCCCAAGGCAAUGAUGAUGCCGCAACUGAAUGCUUCCUGACGGCACUGGAGCUUGAAGCUAGCAGUCCCGUUGUCCCUUUUACCAUCAUUCCCAGGGUUCUUUGAGAGGGUAUCUUGACCAGCUUACCUUGGUCUGACUUGUGGGUGAGGAAACCCAGUGUUUCAGGCUGCCUGGUAACUGGUUAGUUUGAAAAACUUUAGCGCUCCAGUCUUUUGCAGGGAAGUGGCCAAAACAGAGACAUGAUGCAUUAUCUUGGUAGACUGAGAGGACAAAACGGCUAACCAGAGCCAAAUCACUCAUAUCGCCUAUGUUUUUGCCCUGGUAGUUUUGAAACUUCGUUAUAUUGUUCAUGGAUGAUGUGCCAUAUUUUGUUAGUGAUACUUGAGUGUUACAUAAAAUUAUAAUGGAAUCAACACCAAACGUAGAAUAAUAUAUUCAAGUUAAAAUUCAGUGGCAGAGCAGACUAUUUUUAACAAGGCUGUUAUGAAAACUGUCCUCUUCCUGCCUCUCAACCUCUUUUGGCCCAAAGUCAAAAUGUGAAUUUUCUGUUUCCAUCUCUAUUUUAGUCCAGGCCAGAAAAUCAGUUGAGUUCUUGUUUUUAGUUGUUAAUAACUGUGAUGUGUGGCUAACUGUUAUCUCUAUUUAGAGCAAAGGCUGAGUACAAGAAUAUUUAUAUUUUACCAAUGUAUGCCUGUUACAGAAAAUAUAUUAGUUAUUUAAGUUUAACUUUUUUAUGUGAAUUCAGAGUUUAUUUAUCAAUGGAAAUAUGUAAAAAGAAGCCUCAAAUGGAGUAUUUACCAACAUUCCUUAUACAUGACCCACACUUGGCUAAAUGGGAAGAUUAUGUUAAUAAUAAAAUGAUUUUUAAAUGGAA